GACGCUUGUAGUCAGUGUGUGUGUGUGUGUGUUUCAGUGACCGCGGAAUAGUUUGCGUGCACGUGUGUGUCUAUGUGUGUGAGAGUUGUGUUAGUGUCUGUCCUGUCUGAUCGACACACCAGCAAUUAGUCAGCUCCAAUUAGCUCCCAUUAUUAACCAGCCCAACCAGUGCUGCUGCUGUUGCUGCGGCUGCCGCUGCCCGCCGCUCUGUCCUCCGACAUCUGGGAUGUGUGAGUAGAAAAGCCGCGCCAGGCUCACCCACUGCAGCCGCAGAAGCGUCUCCCAAACAUGGACAGGAUAGGGGUGUCAUUCCUGGACCCCUUGGAAGACUACGAGUUAAUUCACCGGAUUGGGUGCGGCACCUAUGGAGACGUCUUCAAGGCUCGCAACAUCAGGACAUCAGAACUGGCAGCUAUCAAAAUCGUCAAGCUGGACCCUGGUGACGACAUCACGUCCAUCCAGCAGGAGAUUACGAUGAUGAAGGAGUGCAAGCACAAAAACAUCGUGGCCUACUUCGGCAGCUACCACAGGAACACCAAGCUGUGGAUCUGCAUGGAGUACUGUGGUGGAGGGUCACUUCAGGAUAUUUACCAUGUGACGGGCCCAUUAAGGGAGAAACAGAUAGCGUAUGUGUGCAGAGAAACCCUCCAGGGUUUGUAUCACCUGCACGAAACAGGCAAAAUGCAUAGAGACAUAAAGGGAGCCAACAUCCUUUUGACAGAGAGAGGAGAUGUGAAACUGGCUGAUUUUGGAGUGGCUGCAGAGAUCAGUGCCUCGGUGGCCAAAAGGAAGUCUUUCAUUGGAACUCCCUACUGGAUGGCACCAGAGGUAGCUGCAGUGGAAAAGAAGGGCGGGUACAACCACCUGUGUGAUAUCUGGGCCGUCGGGAUCACUGCCAUCGAGCUGGCCGAGCUCCAGCCACCUAUGUUCGACCUCCACCCAAUGCGAGCACUGAUGUUGAUGUCCAAGAGCAGCUUCCAGCCUCCAAGACUAAAGGAUAAAUCCAAGUGGUCGGCAGGUUUCCACAGCUUUGUGAAGAUGGCCCUCAUCAAAAGUCCUCGUAAAAGGCCCUCAGCUGAGACACUGCUGCAGCAUCCGUUCGUGACACAGCUGCUAACCCGUAACCUGGUCAUUGAGCUUCUGGACAUGGCCAACAACCCCGAGCUCCACCCUACGCACACACACACCCUGGACGACAAUGAACUGGAGGUUGGGGAAAUGGCUCCAGACAAGAUUCAGUCAGCAGGGAAACACCUGCCUGUAGAGAGGACCUUGUCUGAAGAGCAAUUUGACCAGGUGAAGUUCGGCCCCCCGCGGAGAAAAGUCACGGAGCCUUAUCCCGAUUUGCAGGGCUCUUAUGAUGAUGACUGGAGUCUGUCUGGAGACGAAGACAACUCACCGAGCCUGUUGGAAUGUGUGGAGCAAGCUCUGCAGCUGAGGAGUUUAACCAUUAAGAGAGCGCCAUCUACUGAUGGAGGCAAGAAAAGUGGUCUGUUCAGUCCGUCCACAGCCUCCCUGCCGGCCUUCAGCUCUUUGACUCCCAGCACAGAGGACAAGAAAGACCUGACCCUGAGACCGAGCUGUACACUGGGCCCUGAUACCGGCAUCACCGCUGAUUCCACCUCCACUUCAGGUUUAGCCAGGUGCUCAGCCACUCAGGACGUCAGGCAGCGCUGCAGCGAUCCACAUCAGCCUGUGGGGGACGCUGCAACAGCAGAGAAGAGGAAGGUUGCCACUGUGUCCUCAACAAAACGAGAGACACCGAUGUCACCUGAAUGGAGCACACUAAGGAGAAAGACAGAGGACUCUAGAGCUGAUUGUCAUGGACUUCCUCCUACCCCUCAAGUCCAUAUGGGAGCGUGCUUCUCCAAAGUCUUCAACGGAUGUCCUCUUAAAAUCCAUUGUGCUGUCACCUGGAUUUUACCCAAGACAAGAGAUCAGUAUCUUAUUCUUGGGGCAGAGGAGGGCAUCUACAUACUGAACCUUAACGAACUUCAUGAAGAUACACUAGAGAAGCUGCUGCCUCAGCGAUGUACAUGGCUUUAUGUAAUGAACAACGUGCUGAUGUCCGUAUCAGGGAAGUCGUCCCAGCUUUACUCCCACAGUCUGACGGCUCUGUUUGAACAGAGAGGACAUCUGCAGAAGAAGCACAGCAGUCUGUCGCUCAGCACCAACCGCUUCGCUGAGAGGAUCAGCCCCAGGAAGUUUGCCAUAUCUGUGAAGAUUCCUGACACUAAAGGCUGUAGGACGUGUAGUGUGGCGAGGAAUCCAUACACAGACAGUACAUUUCUAUGUGGGGCGGUUCCAUCUGGCCUGGUUCUCCUAUUGUGGUACGAGCCUCUCCAGAAGUUCAUGCAUCUAAAGCACAUAGCGAUAAAGCUUCCAGACUCUCUGCCAGUAUUUGAGCUGCUGGUGUUGGUAACAGAUGAGUUUCCCCAGCUGUGUGUUGGGGUGAGAGACUGCAGUAACGGGAAGCCGCCGACCAGCCAGCAGCUCAAGUUUGAUAUAAUAGAGCUGAAUGGCGCCCCUGUUUCAGUACCAGAUAGUGGAGCACUUAGGGCGGUCCAGGUGACCCAGCUGGAUGGAGACACUGUCCUCAUCGCUGUAGACAAAACUGUAAAGAUUGUGAACCUCCGGGGGCUUCCGUCGAAAGAGCUGGCUGCUGAAAUGGUCUUUGACUUCGCCAUAGAAACACUAGUCUGUUUGCAGGACAGUGUGCUGGCUUUCUGGAAGCACGGCCUUAAAGGGAAGAGUUUUCACUCCAAUGAGGUAACGCAAGAAAUCACAGAUGAAAGUCGAGUAUUCCGAGUUUUGGGAACAAACAGGGACAUCAUUCUUCAGAGCACACCGACGCAUGACCCGUCAGCACUGAGCAACCUGUACAUCCUGACCGGACACGAGAGCAGCUACUGAGAUGAAAUGGAAAUGUGUGUUGGAAAUGAUGUCCUCCUCUACUACACCUGUAGCAGACACCAGCACCAACUCAUCCCACUGACGCUCUGCUGUGAAAGACAAAAUGUCAGCCCCAGUUGCUCGCUCGGACUCAAAACUAUAUUUUGUUGGGCAGCACAUGUAAAAGACUAAAAGACUUGACAACAUGCUGAGUGAGUUUCUAACUCUUGGAUGUUCUAAUUAAAGGUGCAAAAGCCAAUAAUUUCAUGGAAAAACAAUCUCAGUGUGACUGCUGCAGAGAGGACAGAGACGCCAUAGACCCACUGCUGUCAGAAUGGACCACAGAUGGUAGAGAAACAUGGACAUGACAUCUCUGACAUCACACAUGCUCUUCUAAGUUGAUGCUUUGAAGCUUUCAUUUUUAGUUUACCGUUUGCUGUCGUCUUCGGCAGCUACUGGAACCAGAACAUUUUGGUCAAAUGGGAGGAGAAAGUGGCAAAGACCACAGCUGAGUGCCAUAAGCUGAGACACCUGUCAAUUAAUCACAUUAAUAAAAUUUUAUAUUCUAGUAUUCUAAUAUUCUCUAGACACAAGCAUCUAGUGGCCUUUGGUGGUACUGCAGCUUAAAGCAUUUGUACUUCAGCCUCAGUACUCAGCCAUAGUGUUUGCCAUUUUUGGUUACAAUUUUCUGUACGCCAUACUGCUGCGUUGAUGUGAAAAUAAUGAAUGCUAACGUGUAAAAUUUGAACCAAAUUUCAACCCAACGUCAUGCUUUGACUUAGCUUUCAACACUGUGUCAUUUCGGGGGGGGGGGGGGGGGGGGCUUCUUUAAUUUUUCUCUCCACAAACCUGAAAGAAUUUGACUUCCCGCUACAGUGCUCUAAAAAUAUGACUAGAAAACACCCAGUAUCAUGUUUCGGGUUUGUAGAAAGAACAAUGAAAGAAGCCUUCAACAUAAAAAUGUGGUGGAAGCUAGCUUAAAAAACAUGAUCUAUCCUGUUAAGAAGAGUGUGUGUAACCAAAUUAACUUUUCAGAUGUAUAUAUUUUAUCUAAGACCAUGCAAUUCUGACAAUUCCCAUGAAUUUUGAGGAUUGUGAAUGUGUUUAAUCUUAGCAGCAUUUACAUUAUGUGCCACCAUGUUGAAUUUAAAGGGUCAUUCCACUGCAGUCAGUUACCCAUGGGCGUCAACACACAGCUUUAACCCGUGACUGUCACUCCUCCGUCACUGCUAGUAACUCAUAAAUUACACACAGGCUAAAGGUUCAUCUGAUUACAUGAGGUGCCAUAGAAACUGAAUGCAAACAAUGAUAUUUCUGCUUGUUCCACAAAAAAAAUGUAAAUUCCACUACAUUCAUUUUGUGUGUGAUGAUAUUUAUGUUAUUUAUGGAAAGGAAAUUGUAUAAUUAACACUCACCUUUCUCUGAAAAAUACUUGAAAGGUAUAAUAUGCAUAUGGGUAUUUGUUUUUCAAGAUGUUUUAUUUUUGCUGUGUAUAAAAUGUAUGUAUACAACAAUACAGAAUGCUCUUACCAUGUGGAGGGAUUGUAACAUGCAAAGUAAAGAUUUUAAUAUCCUAUAAAGGUA